UUAUUUUCUAUCUCCUUAAAUACUUGACCAACAUCUGACAGACCUGGACAUCUAGAAACUUUUUUUUAUUUUGUUUUAUAUUUUUGUAUAUUUUCGUUUUGUUAAUGGUGCAAUGUCGUCUUUGCCAGGAACGGUACCGCGGAUGAUGCGCCCGGCUCCCGGACAGAACUAUCCCCGCACUGGAUUCCCACUGGAAGUGUCCACUCCUCUGGGCCAGGGACGUGUCAACCAGCUUGGAGGGGUCUUCAUCAACGGCCGCCCGCUACCCAACCACAUCCGACACAAGAUCGUGGAGAUGGCCCAUCACGGGAUCCGGCCCUGCGUCAUCUCACGCCAGCUGCGCGUCUCCCAUGGCUGCGUCUCCAAGAUUCUGUGCCGCUACCAAGAGACCGGCUCCAUCCGGCCCGGAGCUAUCGGAGGCAGCAAGCCCAGGCAGUUAGCCACGCCGGACGUGGAGAAGCGGAUAGAGGAGUACAAGCGGGACAACCCCGGCAUGUUCAGCUGGGAGAUCAGGGAUAAACUGCUGAAGGACGGAGUGUGUGACAGAAGCACGGUCCCUUCAGGUGAGGCCUCCCCUGUGAGUUCAAUCAGCCGUGUGCUUCGAGCUCGCUUUGGGAAGAAGGACGAGGAGGAUGAGUGUGAUACAAAGGAUGAAGAUGGGGAGAAGAAAACGAAACACAGUAUCGACGGUAUUCUCGGGGACAAAGGUAGUCGGAUGGAUGAAGUGUCUGAUGUAGAGUCGGAGCCUGACCUCCCUCUGAAGAGGAAGCAGCGAAGGAGUCGCACCACGUUCACAGCGGAGCAGCUGGAUGAGCUGGAGAAGGCUUUCGAAAGAACCCACUACCCCGACAUCUAUACCAGGGAAGAGCUGGCCCAGAGGACCAAAUUGACUGAGGCCAGGGUCCAGGUCUGGUUCAGCAAUCGAAGAGCCAGAUGGCGAAAACAAGCAGGAGCCAAUCAGCUAGCAGCAUUCAACCAUCUGUUGCCAGGUGGAUUUCCUCCUACAGGGAUGCCAACACUUCAGACUUACCAGCUUCCAGAAUCUAGCUACCAAAACAACACUCUGUCUCAAGAUGGUGUUGGUACAGUUCACCGUCCCCAGCCGUUACCUCCAUCUACCAUGCACCAGAGUGGUCUGUCUAGCACUGACAACAGCUCCGCCUACGGUCUGGCCUCAAACCGCCACAGCUUCUCCACCUACUCGGACACUUUUAUGACCUCCGCAGUACCAAGCAGCCACGUCAACCCUGUCAGCAAUGGACUCGCCCCACAGGUGAUGAGCAUUCUGAGUAACCCAAGUGGAGUCUCCUCACAGCCACAACAUGACUUCUCCAUUUCACCACUCCAUAGCGCCUUGGACUGCUCUCCAUCCAACGUCAUCUCAGGCAGCUGCAGCCAGCGUUCAGCGGAGGCCUCUAUUAAAACGGUGGACAGCCCUCCCUCAUCCCAGUCCUACUGCCCUCCCACAUAUGGCACCACCAGCUACAGCAUGGACUCAGCUGUGGCAGCUGCCGGCUACCAGUACAGUCAGUAUGGCCAGACUGCUGUGGAUUACCUGGCAAAGAAUGUCAGCCUGUCCAGUCAGCGCAGGAUGAAGCUGGCCGACCACACAGCUGUACUGGGACUGCUGCAGGUCGAGACUGGCCCGGCCUACUAGUGCUUGCCUGACAUGUUUAAAAAACAUGAUAUCUGGUCACCAGCACAACCUGCACCUCCUGCUGCCAUCCAUACAAAUAAAUCUGUGUGUGUGUGUGUACAUGUGUGUGUCAUAGACUGACUUCAUGGGGCUGAUAUUUAGAUGUUUUAUACUUUAUAUAAGUGCUUGUUUAAGGAUCGAAUUAUGCAGCUGUCCAAGCUUUAAACAUUCCCCAUGGUACCAUCAAAUCCACAAUAUGGAUUUCCACUUUUAGUAAUACAGUUGUCAUUUGUUCCUCACAUUUAGAAAAAAAGUUUACUGUAUAGCUUUAAACAAGUGAUAAAAAACAAUAGUUGUGAUCCCUGAGCCAACCAGUUAAGGGAGUCAUCUAAAAUAUUACCCACAAAACUUGUGAUGGAUUUUAAUUAUAAAAUAAGAAAACCGUCCUCACCUUAUCAGAGAUCUAAGCUUAUACAGUGUGACAAUGACAGAUGAAUGUUUUAAGGUUGUCACUGCCCACAAUAAAAUAGUGAAAAGUAUGCAUGUCACUCAUCCUGUUAUCACUGGACUGACUGACAUGCAUUCAGACUGAAGGACAAACACCUUUUUUAAACUCACAUUGAUGCAUUUUUUAGUGCACAUUUUGUGUUAAUUGUGCUGUUGAAUUGAUGUUUGCAUUCAGUCUGAAUAAACCUUAAAGAGAAAGUUCACUGAAAAAUGAUAAUUCCCUCAUUACCUACCCGCCACUAUGCCAAUGGAGGGGUGGAUAAAGUGUUUGAGUCCACAAGACACUUGAGGCGUUUCAGGGGUAAAUAGUAUUGCAACGAAAUCCAAUAUAAUUGAAUAGAGUGGCGACCACGUCUUCAAAUGUAAAUUAAAGAGACAGAAAAGUGUCCAUAAGCCCCGACAUUCAAAUUUGACUUGAAACAGCGUCAGUUACACCAUGUUUCUAGCCUAAAUGUCUUCUCAUAUCCUCCUCUGGUGCUGCGUUCACGUUCGCACGUACACACCGCACACACACAAGUGCUCACACGGGUUUGCGGUAGCAUCAAUACUUUUGUUAGCAUUGCUGCAGUUAGUGCUGAGUAUCACUGAUGUUGUCACGUUCCCCUUGGGCAAGAGCAUACAAGCGCAAGCCUGUGCGGUGUGCAUGUGCACGCACGUGAACGCGGCCCCCCCAUGGGCAUAAUGGUGAAUAUACAUUUUUCGGUGAAAGCAGUCACCUCUUGACUGCUGCCUCAAUUUCAAGUGUUCGUCUUCUGAUAGCACACAUUCACAAAUGUUUUGGUGCUUACACUGGAUGUGAGAUUUUCUGCCUAAAUAGACAGAUCAGUAUAAGAUGCCCAUACUUUGGCCAUUUACAGUGUACAUUUACAAAUUUAAUCUGAGGGUGUACUGAAAAGUUGCUGUAAUGGUAAAAUACAAUUAUAAUUGAAAUGUUUUCUUUCAUAAGCAAGCACUUAUCUUAAGCGCCUCAUUUCUUCCUCUGUUUUAGUUCUUGGUCCAGUCUGCUGUGAUCGAUCAGCUGCCUGCCACAAGCAUGUUCUGCAAAUGGCAUGGCCCAUGCCCAGAGGCUUUCUUGAUCAGCAAUGUUGUAGGCAGCUUCUACUUCUACUUUAUAGCCCUGUUACAAGUUACAUGUCACUUGUUGAUGUAGUUGCUUUAUGAAAAAAGCCAGAAGCCAAAGAUGCCAUUCAGGAUUUUCUGUGGAAGAGAAGGAUUCCCUUUGCGGCAGACAUUUAGUCAACAUAGCAGAACUUUUACAUGCCGAAAACUAUGACACAGGAAAUGAGAAAGGGGACAAAAUAUGGGCACUUUGAAAUGAGUGGGCUUGGUUUUUCUUUUUACUGAAUAUCAGCACAAAAUAAUGGCAGCUUACAGAAAAAAAACAAAAAACAAUCAGGAAUCCAGGUGUGCAUGUGGGUUUCCGAAGGAGAUAACACCCCUGUAGCAGACUAAUGUGGUAUUAUUCAGCCAUUCCUCAACGGAUGUUUCUAUUCAGACAUUAGAGUUCCUCUCAUCACUGGGACCUCCCAAAGGGCACUGUGAAUAUUUGGAAGUCAAAGAUUCAGAGAUAGUCACUGCUGGCAAUUUCAACAUAUAUACAUUCGGAGCAUAUUUAAAAAAACAGCUGUUAUUUCUUAUUUCCCCUUAAAACUUUUUUUAUACUUUAGAAGCCUGUGUUUUCUGAUGUGCUCCUGUCUUGAUUUACUGUUGAUGAAAACUCCUACCUAUUAUCUUGAUACAUUUAAUAUAGGCACAUCAAUUGCGCACACGGCCCAGUAAACCCAGUACAUCUAUCAGUUUAAGACUUACUGUUGUUUAGCUAUGUCAGUGAAGUGCUUCCUGCAAACAGUAAUGUGCUUCUGUAUUAUUAUUACUAUUAUUACUAUGUCUUUCUUUCGUUCUUCUAUAUUUAAUUCCAUUCCAGAUUGAUGCUGUGUUUAGUCAUGGGUUUAUGUGAGGAUGAUGCCAUGUAAUUACCGUCACCAUAGGGCACUGGUGUCCUUGUAAACCCAGUCAUCACAUUAUAAGAUAAUCCUUCUUCAUCUCCACAAGAGCCAUGGAAACUGUUUGGACGCUGACUGUGUGAACCUUCUACCUUGUGUAUAUAUAUUUUUUCACUGAUAGCAUACCAAGGAGAACAUUUAGGAUCAAAUGUACAGAUAUGUUUAUUUACCUGACCUCUUCUGUUUACCUCUUGGUCCUUGCUCUGCUUGUUUAGUUUUGCUUUCUGUUUGGCAUGUGUGUAAUAUAAUUUAUUCUACCUGUAUGAUGUAUUAGAAUAGUAUGAAUUUUCUAUUGGCAUUUAUUCCCCUCAGCCUCUUGGUUUGUACACUGUAACACUGGCGUAACUGUUCAUUAAAGCUCUACAAUUGGACCAAG